AGCGUGCUUGCGAGUUCUGCCAUGACGGAGUUCUGCGUCAUUUGGAUUUCAGGUCGGAAGGUCCUGCGCCGCCAAGGUUGCGAAGCUAUUCUUUGAUGCCUGCAGACACAUUAUGCCAUAGUAUGGCGCCUUCAAAUACCUUGUUGGCCACGCUUCGCGCAGUUAGCCUCGAAGCGACCGACGCCCUCGUAGAAACACUGCGCAAGUAUAACUGCAUUGCCACAGCUCGCCUGGUGUGCAAGGACUUGCGCCAAGUCAUCGACGGAUCAGUCCAAUCUCUCAAACUUACUGAUCCGCUUGAGACCCUGGAUGAAAGCACGCCACCCUCGCUGGCGCUCUGGCACCGCGUAGAUACUCUGUGUUUCUGCAUCGGCAGUGAAGGUCUGCAAGCAGACGACGCUCCGCACAUCACCGACAAUUGGGUUUCGUGGGCGGGCAGCCAGCCUCCCGCCAGCCUCCGGAAGAUAACGUCCCUGCGCUUGUACUGGGCCGUACUGGACAUGGGCCCUGUGCUCACCGCUUCCCUGGUAGCUUGCAUCGCCCUAUGGUUUCCCAACCUCAAGGAGCUGAGCUUUGCGGGCUCCCCCCGGACUGUGGUGCCGGAGACGAACGCUGCUCAGCUGACCGCCAUCAUCCGCGGCGGCCUGGACCGGCUGCCGCAGCUGGUGAAGCUCACACUGCCCAGCUGGGGCCUGCUGGGGGGGCUGGGCGAGGUGCAGCAGCGCAGGCACGCAUACGACAGCGGCGGCAGCGCCUGGCUUGGCAACCUUCAGCAGCUGGUCAUAGUCGCAACCAGGUCUGAAUUGGUCACGGACGCAAUCGCGGCGGGUAUCGCCUCGCUCCGCAGCCUCCGAGCGCUCCGGUUCAUCAACGACCCCCUCACAGGCGAUGCUUUGGACGAAGCCGGCCUGCUGCGCCUGUUUGACCACGUGCCGCCCAGCCUCACCACGCUAUCCAUCCUGUCAUGGAGCAUGGACGCGGUCUUCGAGGCGGGGCAGCUGAAGGAGGUCGCCUUGGUGGUGGACGAAGAGGAUAUGUUUCGCAGCAUACCGCUGUGGAAAGUGGGUGAAGUGGCGGACAAGGCGCUCCUGCCACACCUGCGUGCCAAGGACAGCAUGCUCCGGCGGCUGGUCGUGCGGCGGUUGCUGCUGCCCGCCACGGAGCACGACGCGCGUAUACAGGCGACUGAUCAGCAGCUGGAUGCGAUUACGGAGCUCCUGAAGCGGUGCUGGAACGUGGAAGUGCAGGAGGUCAUGAUCCGGGGCACGACGUCACACCUGCCCGCGCUUAUGGAGGCGGCGGAACUGCUGGGCCCGCCGCAAGUUCUGCGGCUCAGGACCAUCUACAACUACGACCUGCGCGUGCCCCUGCUCCAGCCCGCCACGCCGGCCGGGCAAGAGGCAAAGAGACCUGGGCGCGGGGCUGCGGCGGAAGGCACGCGGACUGGGCCGGGUGACAGCAGCUUAGCUCAGCAGCCGCUGCAGCAGCCGCAAGAGCAGCAGCCGCAAGUGCAGCAGCCGCCAUCGGGCCUGCCGCUGGCUCUGUCCACUCCGCCACAGGCGGUUGUGGCGCGCGGAGUCCACAGACUGCUUGCACAUCCACAGAUCGAGCCGCCCAUUGCUGACGAGUCCAUGCCUACUUCGCGGACAGCUCGGCUGCUGGUGCUGCGCGGCUCACUCGUGGCGGGCCUGGCCCAGGUGCCAGAGGUGGUGGACGGCUGGGUCAAGUGGCUGGCCAAGACGGCAGCGGCGCCGGCAAAGAGGCGGCACGGCCAGUAUCAGGUGGUGCCCAGGGUGCUGGGCGGUCCGGUGCUGCUGCUGCAGGCGGACGGCGAGGCCGGCGCCGCAGCGGCACUGCAGGCCGCGGUGCGGUCCGUGGAGCCAGAGGUGCAGCUGGACGCGGCGUGGGUGGCGGUGGAGCGGUACCCGGGCUGCCCGGGCUUUUUGAAGCUGCCGGCGCCCCUCGUUUGGUGCAUUCAGCAGGAACUGGACGAGAGCUGGGCGGCGGCGGGGAGCGGCAGGGGCGGAAGCGCGGGCGCCGGCGCCGCCGGUACUGGAGCGGGCGGCCAUGCUGCCGCUGUGGUGCCGCCAUCACUUCAGGAGCAGGUGGAGUGGCUGCAGCAGCUGGGCAAGGUCCUGGCGGAGGAGCUGCCGAGCUGCAAGCAUUUCAGUUUCUAGUUACGGAAUAAACGUACCGAGUAGCAUUUAGCGUAGAAGCCAAUGGUGCUGUUGGAUCUAAUAGCGGGGCGCUGGUUGUGUUGGGCCUUGGCAUUGCACGCGGAUUGGUGCGGCCUUGUGCAUAACACGACAAGUGCGGUGUGAAGCGGUGCAGGUGCAGCAGGAUGCGCAGUUUUAAUAGGCAGUCUGCAGCAGUCCGGGUUCGGUGGGCAAGGGCAGAGGCAGUCUACCCUACCGUGGUCCUACGAGUGGACAGGUGAGAGGUUGUACGGUUUGCGAUGUGGGUGGGAUUUCAUGAACAACGCGAUUAUUCACGCUGUACAUGGGGUGUGCGGUGGCUUGCGUGCGUCACUCUAGAUUGGUACUAAGACAUUCAUCGCGCGCAAACGGCGCUGUCGAUGGACCUUUGUUGCGGGGGCCGCACAUGCCAUGGCAUGGUGUUGCGGUAGUGCCAGUCGGGCUGCUAUAGACUUGCAUUAUGCGACUCGGUGGCCUUUCGUUUGAAGAUUGAAGCGGAGCGGGUGUAUUUGCUAUUCGGCCUGAUUGUGUUUGCGAGGAAAGAGAUGGUCUAUUGGGUUUGCCGUUGUUCGUUGUACACAGAUGAGGCGGGAUUGCUGAGGCAAAACAGGCUGCAGGGCUGCAGGCGGCCCCGUGAAGGGCGCGACUAACACAGCUCUGUGUCUAUUACUCUAUUUGCGGUAACUCUGUGCGGCUGAUGCAGUGCGCCAUACAGCACGUAUCAGCUGACGAACGCCACAGGGAGUUCGUCCGUACGUUGGACAGCGACAUGCGUGACAGUCCUAUACACGGGUUGAGGCGUGGAGUACGAUGGAGUACGAUGGAGUAGCGUCACGGGACGGGACACGACGGGACCCAUGCUAUAUGGCCC